AUGGACUUUAAUUGUGCAGUUUUACUCCUAUUUGGUGUCAGUAUUAUCGCAGACACUGACAAUGUGGUAAAAGGAAAAGCCAGUCAAAAAAAUUUGGUUCAACCCAGAAAGAAACAGCUCGCUGAUAAAUUGAGUUCCGUAAAUAAUACAAUUCAACCCAGGAUGGCAUGCAGUUCUGAUAACGGCGAGUAUUUUAUGAUAAAAUCUAAAAAAUCAAAUCUGGUAUUUGACGCGUCGAAUGAUGUAGUUAAAAUUCAGGCUCCUUCUAAGUCUGCGACACAGUUAUGGUCACUGGAAAUGGCAGGACUUGGAAAAUUUUACAUAUAUAAUCGUGCCACCGGAAACGUGUUGGAUAUUAGCGGUGGAGGUUCACCUGAAGCUAAACUAAUUACCUACCCGAAACAUUGUGGACCAAAUCAGCAAUGGUAUAUUAAUUACAGUGGCAUUACCAGUGCCGUUAAGGAUUUUGUUGUUGAUUUAUGGCAUGAGAGUUAUAACCAAGGAAAUGAUGUAGUAGUAUAUCCUUGGCAUGGAAGAGAAAGUGAAUUGUUCACUUUUGAACCUGUUUAA